AUGGAUUCAAAUUUAUCGUUCAAACAUCGUUAUCAUAUUGGGAAAAGUGUGAAAAAUUUUCUUAUGGGUUAUUUCACUGAAUAUGAAACACCCAAAAUAGUUUUGAUACAUAGUGCAAAACAUGCUAUUUUACUGCGUAUUAUACAAAUAAUUAUGCUUAUCUAUUCUAUAGUAUAUUUACUUAUAUACCAAAAGGGUUAUCAACAACAAAGUACAGCAAUUGUAUCAUCAGUAACGCUUAAACUAAAAGGUAUCGGUUAUGUUCAAACAACAGAAAAUAAAACUAUUAUUAUCGAUGUAGCAGAUUAUAUUAUUCCACCAUCAGAAAAUAAUGCUGUUUUUAUAAUGACAAAUUUUAUUCAAACUGAUCAAACACGAUCUACAUGUGCUGAAAGUAUAAAAGUUAAAGAAGCAAGAUGUAAGCAUGAUAAUGAUUGUUUUAAUAAAACAUUUUCACCAAAGAUGAAUGGACGUUGGACCGGUCGAUGUUUAUUAUCACCAAAAACAAAUGUGAUCAAUGGAACAAUAAAGAAUACAAAAACUCCAACGGGUUUAUGUGAAUAUGCAGGUUGGUGUCCACCAGAAGAUGAUGACAUAUCGACAAUGCUUGUUCAAGAUGUUCCUAGUUUUACAAUAUUUAUAAAAAAUUUUAUUGAAUUUCCAGUGUUCCGAGUUAAACAUAAAAAUAUGGUUGAUGAAUUAAAACCAUGUAUUUUUCAUCCACAACAUCAUAAAGAUUGUCCAAUAUUCAGUAUUAAUUAUAUAAUGAGUGAAGCUGAAAAAAAUAUUACUGAACGCAAUUUAAUGUUACGUCAUGGUGGUGUUAUACGUAUCAAACUUGAUUGGGAUUGUAAUUUAGAUCGAGGCAUAAAAUUAUGUAAACCUAAAUAUUCAUUUGCUCGUCUUGAUGUACCUUUUCAUGAAGAACCAUUUUCAAUUGGUUUUAAUUUUCGUUAUGCUUCUCAUUGGAAAUAUAAUCAGCAAAAUGUUCGUACAUUAACUAAAGCUUUUGGUCUUCGUUUAAUAAUUGCUAUUAGUGGUAGAGCUGGAAAAUUUGGUUUUAUUACAUUAACUUUAAAUAUUGGUUCAUUAGUUGGAAUAUUUGGUUUAGCAACAUUUCUUUGUGAUAUUGCUCUACUUCAUUUAUCGAAAAAAGCACAUACUUAUCGGAAUCAUAUCUUUGAAAUUGUUCAUUUACGAACACGUGCUAUUAGUGCAAUAGCAUUGCCACCACAGUUUAUUCGAAAACUUGACGCUGAAUAUUCAAAUUCUGACUCAGAUUUAGACGCACAAUUACCAUAUAAAACACCUGAAACUAGUCCAGCAUCUACAGGAAAAAGAGUUACCAUCGGCCCAGUUUCUUACAUUAAUACGGAUCAAUGA